GUCAAUAUUGUCAAGUAGUUUUCCAUACAAAGUUUUAAAAAUCAAUAAUCAUCAAUGAAGCAUGAUUGUAUACAACACUGGAACCAUUGAAAUGCUUCCAUUCUUUCAAUACCAAAAGCACAAACCUGUUUCUUGAUCACAGAACAAUUAAUAACAAUUAACAAAUGACAUUAUCUACAAUUACCAAAGUGAUCUUAAUUAUAAACAAAAAUCAAAUUUAACCAAAGAAGGAAUUUCUACCUGGCCACAGACUGCAGAAAUAGCAUCUAAAUUUCUCUCAACUCAAACCCUAUUUUCUUAAAAAAGACAGAAAGAACAUGUUUGCUGAUGUAGUCCAAGAUAAACUAUGACUAUGAAAAGAUGCUUAUUUUCUGCAAAUCAAGGUCAGGUCUGGUAUAAUAGGGGCAUGCACCAUUGCGGUGCAUUGCUGCAUCCACCAUUUGUCAGUAUUUGCUCAGGUCAUCCUGAGCAGUGCCCCAGUCAGUCUUCGUCUCUGUGAGAUACAUCCACACCCAUUGUAACCAUGUGCCAUGUGGUCGACCAUCAACCUAGCCCAAUCCUCAAGGAAGAGAACACAACAUGCAGGAUCUAACAUCCACAUCAGAAAAUCGAGCAACAUAACGAAACGGUGUGAGCCAAUGCUCCUGAAUCAUAUAAAGAUUCAUCCCAGUUUCUGAGCAGAGUCCUUGGGUGAAUAUGACAUCUGACCAAUGGGAAUCCAGAAACCUGCAAAGCACCAUGGCACCAAAGAAGUUCUGGCUCACAGCUUUAAAUGUCUCCUGAAAGGUGCCAUCCGACUAGAAUUAUGUUCAGACCUUGUUGAAGGGGGUACUACUCCAUCUGUAGGGAUGCUGGAAGUCAUGAAAGAGAAAACCAACAUCCCAAUAAUGGUGAUGCUUCGACCACGAGCUGGGGAUUUCUACUACAGCCAAGAUGAACUGGAUGUCAUGAAGCGAGAUUUACUUGCCCUGCGCCAGGCUGGGGCUGAUGGCUUUGUUUUGGGUAUCUUAAACAGAGAUGGAACUGUGAAUACGGUGCAGUGUAAAGAAUUAAUUGCUAUGGCCUCGCCUUUACCUGUAACAUUCCACCGGGCUAUAGAUAUGACUAGUAACAUUAUGACUGCUCUCGAAGAUGUAAUCCAGCUCGACUGUGCCAGGGUGUUGACCAGUGGACAGGCAACGGAUGCCCUUCAGGGGGUAUCAGUCAUAAAACAGAUGAUUGACAAGGCUGAUGGGCACCGGCUGUUAGUUAUGCCAGGUGGUGGAAUUAAUGUUAAUAAUCUACAGAAAAUUCUGGAAAUUUCUGGUGCACGAGAAUUCCAUGGAUCAGCACGUGAAACGCGGGAUUCUUUGAUGACAUUUCGUCCAGCAUCUGCAGUCAAGAUGGGUGGCGCUUCUGAAUCAGAAUUCUGCAUUCGCGUAACAUCAGCAACUCUUGUGAGACAGAUAGUUUCCAUAGCAACAGAGCACUGGACCAAGGAAUAAUUGCAGAGCCAUUUGACUGCGGCCAUGCUCGAGCACCACCUUUAGUUAAGCAAAUCGACCCCAGGACUUA